AAGAGAAAGACAGUUUGUGUUAUGGUGAGGACUGCGGAGGAAUCAGCUGCUUGGUCUGGAUCCAGGAAGGAAAAUCAAGUGAAAGGGGGAAAGGUCUCGUUUUCUCCCACGAGCAGAUAUAACGUGCUGAAGUAGAGGCGGGGGUGAUGAACUUUGCCCUGUGACACUGCACUCACUGACACACAGGAAGAAGACCUGAAAGUGUCAUCCAGGCUCCGUUACCUCUACCUAUAGACAAGGUUGCAGCCAACACUCCCAGUAUGUACUCUCAGGAACUGUUCCAGCUCUCCCAGUAUUUACAGGAGGCCUUACACAGAGAGCAGAUGUUGGAGCAGAAGUUGGCCACUCUGCAGCGCCUGUUAACCACCACUCAGGAGGCCUCAGAGAGCAGCUGGCAGGCUCUAAUAGAUGAGGACCGCCUGCUGUCCAGACUGGAGGUGAUGGGCAGCCAGUUACAGUCUUACUCCAAGUCGCAGACGGAGGAGGGAAUGCGGAAAGAGCUUUUGGCUCUUCAGGAGGACAAACACAACUAUGAGACGACAGCGAAAGAGUCCCUGAGGAGAGUCCUGCAGGAGAAGAUCGAGGUGGUCCGGAAGUUGUCGGAGGUGGAGCGCUCGCUCAGCAACACGGAGGACGAGUGCACGCACCUGAAGGAGAUGUCCGAGAGGAAUCAGGAGGAGCUGAGGGAGCUGGCCAACAAGUACAACGCUGCCGUCAACGAGAUCAAAGAGCUCACCGACAAAAUCAAGGCGGCGGAGGGCCGGCAGGAAGAGCUGACUCAGCGGGGGGCGACGGAGAAGAGGGAGUUGGAAAUGCGCAUUGAGGAGAUGGAGGAUAAGGAGCAGGUUCUCCAGGCUCGUAUCGAGGCCCUGCAGGCCGACAACGACUUCACCAACGAAAGACUCGCUGCCCUGCAGGUGCGGUUAGAGCAGCUACAAGAGAAAAGCGUUAAAGAAAACAACAGUCUUGAUGUCGACAUUGUCUCCCACGGACCGGUAGAGGAGCCUGUCGAAGACAAACAGAGCCUGCAGAAACCUGAGAGCGAGGAAGAAGACGAGGAUGAGGGGGAUACAGACACCGAUGAUGGUGCAGUUGGGCCAGAUGAAGAUAUUGAUGACAACUGUCAUGUCAACAGUGGAGGAGACUCGACUAGAAUCCAACAGUUGAUUGAAUGUCCGCCUGUGAAACAGCUGAAGGAGACUGUGAGCUCUUCCAUCCACAAGUUGGCCAACUUUGAUGAAGUGAUGGACGCCCACCUGCAGAACAACCAGACGGCAGAGGACGACAUUCUGGCCAGCCCCGACCGGCUCAGAGAGUCGGACAUGUCGGACACGCUCAGUCCCAGCAGAGAGCGUAGCAGCGACGACACGUCAGACGGCAACAUGGACGACCAGGAGCUGAACGAGCCACAAAACCGAGCAGCUUUGCUCAAAGCCGAGUUGCAUCGGGCCGGUUUGGAGUCCGAAGACACGGAGCAGGUCAUCAACCAUCUCCACAGAGAGCUCCUGGAGGCCCAGGACUUAGCCAACACCGGCAAACAGAAAUGUCUGGAGCUGCAAGCUCUGCUGGAGGAGGAAAGGAGGAGUAACUCUAAACUAACGGAGGAGUCGACCAAACAGAUCCACUACCUGCAGACUCAGCUGGGGAAGCUGCAGGCCGACAUGGAGGCGCUGAGGGAGCAGAGAGAGAGCACCAUCUGCAGCACCAGGGAGGAGCUCUACUCGGCCCAGGAGGAGAUUCUGGUCCUGAGACACGCCAUGGAGGCGGCCACUGGGGAGCGGGAGCGCGACAUCGCCGCCCUGCAGGCAGACCUGGGUGGCGUGCGCUCCGAGCUCGAGCACUGGAGGUCCACGGCCGCCAAGUACGAGCUGGAGAUCAGCCGCCUGCAGGAUUCCUUCAUCCAGCAGCAGCAGCAGCAGAACUCGGCGAGUCAGCUGCAAGUGGAGUGUGUGUCGCUGCAGCAGCGGUGUGUGUGUUUGCAGCAGGACUGUGACGGCCUGAGGGGCGAGCGGAGGGCUCUCACAGAUAAACUGCAGCGCCUGGAGGCGGAGCUGAGCAGCACGAGGGAACAGAGUCUGGUCCUCAGCACCAGUUUGGAGUCUCUGGAGAAGAGGGAGGAGGUUCUGCAGGACAAACUUGGUUCUCUGGAGAACCAGCACCUGCAGGAUGCCGGCAACCUGAAGAACCAGCUGGACCAGGCCCAGGCCCGCACACACACACUGCAGAGAGAGUAUGAAGAUACUCAGUCGCAGCUCGUGGACCUCCGUCAGCGCUACGACAAGACGGAGCAGGAGAAGCUGAACAUCCACCAGGAGCUGGAGCAGUGUAGGAGCAGCCUGAAGCUGCUGCAGGACAAGACCAGCUCUCCAUCCAUAUUGCAGCCUGUCCCAGCCAUAUUCAUGGGCCUUGUCCUGGCUCUGCUCUACUGGUGUUUCGGCCAGUUGUGGUAGAAAGAGCGGCUGGAGCCCCUGGAUGCCGGUCGUCGCAGUGAUGGUCGCCGUGACGGCAGCCGUCCUCUACCCCAACCUCUCCAAGAGCAGCUCCACCUAGGACACACACACACACUCACACACACACACACACACACUCACACACUCAUACAUACACAGUCGAGCGCUGUGAGGAGAGAAUCACUGCUUUACUUGUAUAAAGUAUAAUUGUACAUAAUUGUAGAGGGAAUAUAAAGGUUGUGGUUUCUACAGAGGACUCAGAUGCGUUGUGGUUUAUUUUGAGGUUGUUUUUUUUUUUGUUUUCCUUGAGUUUUGUUGUCAUUUUUAUUCUCUGCUCUCUCUCAGUUGUGGUGGGCUUGUUUUGGUUUUCGUCACCAGCAGACGGAGCUUCCUCACAAAACGAUAAAAACACCUGCUUCAUGUUGUAAAUGUGACGAUAAACAGACGACGGAGCGAGAACGUGGCCUUCCAGCGGCCUCGGCGCGGCGUUGAAACUCCGUCUCCUCCUGCUGCUUGUAGAUCUUGAGCAGCGACGGAUCGGGAGAGACGCUCUCAGAGAGCUCUGCUUUGGUUUUUAGCUGCUGGUUUUUGCAAAAGGUUCCACGAUCAGUUCAUGAAACCAGAAAAAAUGACUUGUAUCAGUUAAAAACCAAAGUAAUCCCACGUUAUCCACAGACGGAGACCGCUGCAUCUCCUCCAUCAGUGUUGUUGUCGGCGUUGCGCUCGAGUCUGCUGGGGGGCGUUUCAGGUUCCAGGAACUUCCAGGAAGUUCUGCUUUCAGUCCACUUGGUUGGAUGUCUAACAUUGACCUCUGUUCUUUCUCUUUAUUCCCCUCUCUUCUCCCUCUCUCUCUCUUUGGGGAGUUUGAGGUUGGGUUGGAAACUUGAAGCCAAAUUAUUGAAAUGUGUUCAGAAUAUUUUUUUUCUCCAUAUAUUUUUAUUUUGGGUGCACGGAAAAAGGAGGUCGAAGUGCCUCUGAUGUCGAAAGUGAGGACCAGAUCUUCUCCAGAGCUUUUGAAUCUCUCCCUCGCAGCCAUAUUCUCCCAAUUGAAGAAUAAUUUUUGAUCAAUAAAUGAUGUCCUUAUUAUUGGAAGGUUAUUGAAAGCUCCACAAUUUAACUGAACGAUUUCCAUCUUCAGCGACACCCAGGUUGUCGUUAUACAAGCAUGAAGAUGGUUUAUUUGGUAUCUUAUGAUCUACUGGCUGAUGAUGCUGCCGAGGUGCGGGCGGGGCUAAAAGCUCUGGAGACCAUUUUCACUCGUCAGCAGCACUGAAGGAUGAAGCGUGCACUUCGAUCCGUGUGUUUUUUUUCUUGAGUUAAAAAUCUAAAACAAGAAUCUGCUGCCUUCGUGUUUUAAGACUUGGACCUGAGAGCCCGGUCCUCAGGGGCAGAUGAGAUCCGGUCCUGUUGCCGUGGGAAACGCUGAUUUUCUGACAAAAAGCACAAAGUUCUCACCCGUCACAUUUGGCAGCAAAUCAUCUUCACGGCACAGACCUGUACCGACUCGUCCUGAGGAGCUCGAGGCGUCUGAUUUGUUAAAAAGUCUUAAUUAAAACGCCGCUGUCCAUUUCCUCACCGACCCGGUAUUUCUGCUGAGCAGUGACCUUCGACCUUCGGUUUUCUUUUUCCAUCUUCGCAGAAAAAAGUGGCCAAAUAAAAGCCUGAGAGGAGAAAUAAUUGUAUUAUGGGAUCAAAAUUUUAUUUAAUUUGUUUUCUCACCGACAUAUCGGACUUCUGUCGAAAGGUUUUUAACGGAUAUUCAAUUUUAAGGUGUGGCUUGGUUCACACCUGGGACUCUUGAGCGGCGUUUGUCAUCGUCUGUGUACUCUGUCUCGUCUCCGUGUUGAAAAACAAUAAUAUUUGACAGCGAACAAAUAUUCCUGAUGUUUUAAAGAGAAAAACACUAAAGUACAGAGAGAAUUGUAAAAAAAUAAUAAAAAUGUUAAUGGAUGAUGUGCAACUAGACUUAUUUUGUUAAAACUGUUUAGAGAUACCAUAUGAGAGGGAGCUAUGUAGAGAAUAUGAUGAUGUACUGAAUAUGCAGAGCGAUGUUUUGAUUAAAGUUGUAGCAAGCUGACCCACCA